AUGUCUGGCCCAUUCCGCUACAAUCCUCACGAAGAGCACCACACACCGACAAUCGGCUACAACUGGGGCUUCCCUUUCCGCGAGACUAUCUACCCAAACUCGCCAUAUAACUCGCCCAUCGAUCCGGGUACACCAAACACGCCUGAAAGACCACUCUUCUCCGGCUUGAAUGGCGACCCUCCUCGAAGACAACGACGAAAUUCAUGGCAUGUUGUAGAGUCGGCCAUCCCUUUCAUACCACCAGCUCCCACAUCGCCACUUUCGCCACAUUUGGCACCUUGGGAUGUCACAGAACCCCCAGUUAUACCUUCUUGUCUCCCCCCACCAGGCUUCCCCUCAUUUGUCCCUCCGACAACGCCAUCUGUAUCUUCCUAUAGCUAUGUUCCCGCCUUCAAUCCGUACCCCACAUCUUUCCACAUCCACCCAUGGCUCAACGGAGAGAUGCGAAACGAGCUCAGCUUUGAUUUAUCAUUGACUGACUUCGCACCCCAUCGUGCUGUUGGUCCAGAGCAGUUCAUACCGCUGUCCGCGUUGGACAUUCAUCAGCCAGCGUUCUAUCCAGCAAUAACGCGUCUUCAUAUCGUUUGCGACGCAAUUCCCAAUUGGCCAAUUGAUAUUGUGUUCAAGGGCGGCUCGGGUGCUCCCCCACCGAUUUCACUUGGCGAUAUUCUCAUCGAGGUCCAUAAAAAGAUGCAUCAAGCUAUCUCCCAUCGUGAAUGGGAUGAACUUUCCUUUGAUCAAGAGCAAGCCGUAACGCGAGCCUUUACGAAGCGGUGUAAAAUCGAUGCUCAGUUUCGAAGGGCGGCAGGUUGGGACCACCAUGAUCUCACGACGAGGAAGCAGGGAGUCAAAGUGGUCGAUUUCCUCAAUGGACGGACCAUGUUUCGUGGCCUUGUGCGAAAUGGGGACGGCUCGGUCAGAAUGAUUGUAUCUGAGUAG